GCGCGGACGCACACAGGAAGUCCUCGGAACUGCUGCACAUGCUCAGUGAUCCGCCGCUGGUUUGUUUGUAGAUGUUAUGGCCGUCGCGAUGCAGACGGGGGACGUUCCCUACUUUCCUUCGGGUCUGGCGGAGGUAAAUAGGAUGAUAACGGAGAACGGUGAGCUGUUUUCUGACUCCCAGUGUAAAGUCUGCAACGCUGUCCUCAACUCGCAGUCUCAGAAGUUGACCCAUUAUCAGAGCAAGAAACAUGCCAACCGACUGCGACGUUAUCUUUCCAGCCCAAACGGAGAGGAGCCAGCGGAAAAAAAGUUAAAGACGACAUCUGAAAGUGAGGACUGUAACAACGGAGAUCGCUAUAAGGCGUGUCAUAUAUGUAACAUGACAUUCUCUGCUCCUGUGGUGGCCGAGUCUCACUACAACGGCAAAAUUCACGCCAAGAACCUGAGGCUGAAGGCGGUCGGUCCCCACCCCCCAGCAGUCGCCUUCCAAACUGCACCAACGGCUCAGCCCAAGAAGAAACCUGCAGAUGAUGUGAUCGCUGUGGCGGCGACGGGCGGCGGCAACAACAACAAUGACAACAACAACGACAACCCAGACCGUUUUUGCUCCAACUGCCAGGCCUCCUUCAACAACCCACUCAUGGCCCAGCAGCACUACGUGGGCAAGAAGCAUCGAAAACAGAUGACCAAGCUCAAACUGAUGGAGACGUACGGUCCCUCCACAGCACCAGGUUCAACACUAAAGGGCUACCCAUGUACCGUCUGCAAGAUUGAACUGAACUCGGUGGAGCAGUACCAGUCUCAUAUCAGUGGUUCAAAACAUAAGAACCAAAUAAAGAAGUCAGGCCAGAGCACUACAGAAAACCUACCAGCAGUAGAACAAUCGCACGGAGGCAACAACCAGGUCGCCAGCGGAGACGGAGACCAAUACACUGCCGAAGAUGACCAGUUUGCCCCUGUGGACGACCAGUAUGCUGCUGGAAAUGACCAGUAUGCCCCUGGAAAUGACCAGUAUGCCCCUGGAAAUGACGCUGGAGAUGACCGUUACGCUUUCGGGGAUGACCAGUACACAGGCGAAGUAAACCAGUACACCCCUGAGGACACGCUGUACUCAGAGGAAUACCAGUUCUCCUAAGGCUGGACUGGGUCAUGACGGCUGAGGUUUCAGUCAGGACUUGGAAUGACACACAGCAACCAGCCCCUUUAACACAUUAACCAACCAUCACCAUCCACGGACCUCCAGCUCCAGUCUGUUCUCAGUAGGUGUUCCCAGGGAGAGUCAUCUAAAGCGUGGGUUUGAUUCCCAAAAUUACCCCGUGGUUUAAAGUCCUUUUGCGUUCUCAGCUGGAACAGCUGAAUGUUUUUAUUGUUAGUUAGUUUUCUCAUAUUGAAAAAAGUUUGUGGUGCAAUGAUGGUAAGAAGUUACACCCUUCACCAUGUGAUAAUGGAUUCAGAUGUGAUCCACCUACGGUCACAAUGAAGAAUGUUUGUGAGGGUUCAUCUGAGCCUCUCUUUGAAAAUAAUAUACUGACUGAAACCCAUUCUGCAUAUGUACAUUAUGGCUGAGUAUCAUCUGAAAUAUGUCAAUACUGAUGCUGUUUUUAUUUUCAGUACUUCAGUGCUGCUGUCAGACACAUUUCAGGUGAGGUUUGAAACUCAGCCAUGGUGUACAUAUAUAUAUAUAUAUAUACAUAUGUAUGACAAUAGGAAGUCUAACUGCACUUAUUAAACUUGACUCAAAGUUUGGUUUGAUGCAUUAGUCACAUACAUUAAUGUCAUUUAAUUGUUCAGCGUUUACUAACAUCUAAUCAACACUAACAAAAGUACAUUUCAAGGUGAGUACAGUUGGUUUACAUCUCCAGUGAAUGUAUUUGAAACAUCACCUCAGUUCUCUGCUUCCUUUAUGUUUGACUAUUUCUGGCCCUGAAGAUGGAAAGGACGUGAAGUCAAAAGCCAGAUCAGUCACUGUAGCAGGUGUGAUAAUGUCAUUGCUGUCUACACAUGGAAAAACUUUCAAAGGCUUUCUGUCAAGACAAAUCUGUUUCAAAUCCUUCUUCUAAAUGCCAAGAAAGGUUUCUGUUUUUAUAGAUUUUUCUUUAUAUUUGAAGCUAAAAUAUCCGGAAGUUGUUUGUUGUUUUUGUAUUGAAUUGUUGUUAUUGUUUUGUGUAAAUCACUGAGUCACACAUGGUUGUUUCAUUAGUUAUCUAUAAUGUGACAAUCUAGACGAGGCUGAUUCUUCUCCGGAGGUCCAGAACUCCUCUCAGUUUAGCCGUCUUUAUUAUUUGCUGCUUCUUAUUGUUAUUUGUAUUAUUUCUGUGGGUAAAAAGUUGGAUCUUUUUCUGCUCACCAGAAGUAAUUGUGACAUUGGAAAUCUUUAUCAGACGUUCAUUUACUUAAAGAUACAGAUGUCAGGGGAACGGUUUCAGGCCGUCGCCCACUAAGCUGCUAGAACCUAAAUUUCAUCCUCUACGCCUUCAAAAAGCGGCCAAUGAUUGUCAAAAGUGACAAAAACUAUUUUCCAGAGGUUAAUGUAAUUUUCUUUAAACAUUAGUUUUAAUUUUCAGGCAUCUGGACAGUUUGAGUUACAAAAUGGAGAUUAAAGGGAUAUUCUUGAAGAAUAUUAACAGCAUCCUCCCAUUUCAAACGCAGUGGACAUAUAAUAGUUCUGGGUUCAUGCUAAUAUAAGCUGUUUUAUACUGUUUGAGUUAUAUUCUUGGUUUUAUGAAGGGUGUAAGAUUUUUUAACACUUUCCCCUUGGAGCUUGUCCGCAAUGGGGCUCUAUACACUUCAGCGGAGACUAAUAGAUGCUUUCUGAGCUCUGUCAUUGGUGUCAAUAGCAGAGGUUUUCAAAGAGGGAUGUCAAAUUAGGAAGUGAUGUCAACAUAACAAGAGCUGCUUUCUGUUUCAAAUCUGUUUGUCCUCAUAAAAAGACGAUUGUUUUAAUGUUUUAGUAUUGAAUGUUUUCAGCGCCCAUGUUUGGAUGUAAUUUAUACCAAGAGGGCUCAUACAUACUGUAUAGCACAUUAUGUACAAAAGACAAAUGGUCAUUUUAUUUUCAUCCUCAUUCUUUGUGUGUUCUGUGUUUUGUGAUAUAAGAUUCACUUUCGGUAUGUUACGUUCACUAAAAGAAAAAAUGUUGUGAAGAUGUUCAUCGAGUAAAGAAAUGUUUUACCAGA